GCACAAAGAGGGUCCCACGUUUUCUUUCAGGAUUUGCCGUUUCAGUCGGGAGCAGCACACCACCCAGUGGUUCAAAGGCACCACAUUUCUCUGUAGCAGACGUUACAAAAUCGGAAACCGUGACUGUAUCCGACAAAAUCACAGCAGUGGAGGCCGGAGAAUCGUCAGCUAGAAGGAGAAGGCUGGCAGGGUUUGAGACGUACGAUAUUCGGCGGGUGCGGGAAUGGGUGGUGGCACACAACAGAAUCAGGCACAUGCACUCUCCUCUCCCCCCUCUCCUCUGGGACCCCGCUCUAGCCCGCUUUGCCCAAGCACACGCGGAUUCAGUGGGUGCCAACGCGCAAUGCCGCCCAGAAGCCAACGAGGCGGCGGGGGAGGCGGGCCUGGGGGAGGUUUAUCUGUGGGCCGCGGUGGAGAAGGGGGUGGCGUUAUUCACCGCUGCAGAGGCGGUUCAAGCGUGGGCGGAGCAGGGCAAGCACUACAGCAGCAGCACAGGGGCGUGUGUGCAAGGGGCGGAGUGCGAUGCAUUCAUUCAGCUCACAUGGCGAGACACAAGAAGAGUGGGGUGUGGUGAGGCGCUCUGUCCCUACAAGGCCAACUUCACCGGGGUGGCUCAGUUCCUCGUCUGCAACUACUACCCCCCCGCUGCCCUCUAG